AUGUCGUUCCACUACAUCAUCGUGUUAUCUGCCCUGGCAAUUGGCCCAGUCGCUACUCAGCAUUUCCAGCCAUCUGAGACUCAGCCAUCCUGGUCCUGGGCUUGGUCGCCGUCUUCCAUCCACUAUACUCAGCCCUCUUGGUCAGCCGAAACUCCCACGUGGACACCAACCGUUUAUACUUCGGAAGCUUGGACGUCCGUUGCUGCAUACACACCUUCUGUCUCAAUCCCUACUUGGCCUGAAGACUCUAGCUCCUGGUCCCCAAUCAGUUAUCCCUCACACACCUGGUCUUCAGAGACUUCCGCGUGGUCCUCAUGGCAGACAACCAUCUACUCUCCACACUCCUGGCCUUCGGAGACUGCCACCUGGCUGUCGUGGCCAACGAGCAAAUCUUGGUCCUCCGUUGCCUGGCCUUCUCCUUCGCCUUCUCCGAGUCUUCCGUCUUUGAACGAUGCCCUUAUAGCGGCAGGUGCGGCCAAGUUUGCGGCUCUGAUUGCAUCCGACCCUGUCGUCUCCGCUGCCUUCGCUGCUAAUGUACCAGCUGUCUUCGCUCCAACGGACCAGUUCAUUGAUAGCACAGUUAACAUAACACGGUUCAGAAAGCGCGCCACUCUCACCCCGGCUCAGCAGCAGCAACUGCUUCUUCAUGCCACUCAGAGUCAAAGUGAGAUCAACGGCCUACGCACCCCUCCGGGUGCUGUGGUCCCAACCAAAGACACCAAAGCAAAUCUGAAAGGCUCGACCCAGAAAGUCGUCUCAAAGCCGAAGAACAAUACCAAGACAACAUCCAGCAAACGAUGGGCUCCAUUCAUCCUCCCGAGACAGGACAACUCCAGUACCGUGGACACUCUGGUGGAUAUCUAUUCAGGCCUAGGUGAUUCGGUCGGUGUCAUCACUGCUGACAUUCCUUUCGAUGGCGGUCUGAUCCAUACGACCGAUGGCCUUUUUACCCUGCCCCUCAAUUUGUCCUCGACCGCCCGGACCACUGGCCAAACGUCCUUCGUCUCCCUCGCCAGUGCCUCGAACCAGUCGUCGAUCCUGGACACAACUCCUCUCAUCACCGUCUUCAUCCCCACCAACGAAGCCUUCGCCGCCGCAAACAUAUCCCCCUCGUCCAGCGGUAUCUCGUCCAUCCUAGCAGGACAUGUUGUGCAGGACUUUGCAGGCUACCUUCCUAGCCUAGCCGAUGGCAGCAGUUAUGUUACGCAAUCUGGCGCAACUAUCACCGUGACUAUCCAGGGUGAUGAUUACUUCAUCAACAACGCAAAGAUUGUCUCCUCGAACCUGAUCCUUGAAAACGGAGUUGCUCACGUAAUUGACGCGGUAGGUUCACACUUAUCCCCAUUGUCGACGUUGAACCUUCUCGGACGUUGGCCUGCGACGCGCUGA